CCCCCAUUGACCAUUGUAUCAUUUUGCUGUUGAGAAGCGUCUACAGUUGAACGCUUGUUUCUGUUCUGAUUUUUUUUUCUGCGCUGGACAAUGGGAAAACGUCGCACACCAGCAUCACAAGAACCGUCAAAGGAUAAAGAAAAAGAACCCCUCAAACCAGUCGAGGAAGCCCCUAAAUGUGCACCCGGCUCAAAAUGGCCAAAUAUGAACCUAGCCAAGACGGCCCUAUGGGCAUCAGUAGGAGGUGGUUUCAACUUUGGUUACCAAUUGGUCAUAACAAAUCCAGCACAAGAGGCUUUUCUACAAUUUCUUAACGAUUCAUAUGCUGCCCAUCAUGUAACUCGGCUAGAACGUACAGAGUUGGAGAAUAUCUGGGGUAUCAUAGUGUCGUCACUAUUUUGGGGUGCUACUGCUGGUGCACUCAUGAUACAGGCGGUAUCCGAUCGACUUGGACGUAAAUACGGAAUCAUAGUAACUUUCUCGCUACAAGUGCUCAGUAUGUUUUUGGCUAUGGCUAGUCAUUGGAUGGAAAGCUAUAUCAUUUACACAGCUUCUCGAAUUAUUCUUGGUAUUGCGCUUAGUAUCUCAAUAGGAAUUGGCCCACUAUUUAUCAUGGAAUGCAGUCCAGUAUCAUGUCGUGGAGUGAUUUCGAUGUCUACUGGUAUGAUGCUACAAUGCGGUUUGGUAGGUGGCGCUAUAACUGCUAUGCCAGAGGUAUUCGGUACAUACGAAAAAUGGUGGUUGAUAUAUGCUUUAGAGGCAGUUGCAACGCUUAUAGUCACUAUCCUCUUGUUCUUUAGUCCAGAAAGUCCAAGCUUCCUGAUGACACAAGGCAAAAGAGAAGAAGCCCAAAAAUCCGUCAUUUACUAUCACGGCGUCAGCGAAGCCGAUGCACAACCAUUAUUAGCAGCAAUGCAGACCACAACUGACAAGACCGGUCAAGCUGAAAAACCAGUUGGCUUGUUCGGAAUUUUUGUGGACAAAGAAUGGAUAUGUGGUUUCUGGAUUGGUAUAGGAAUUAUGGCUGGAGCAAUUUGGUGUGGUGUUGCCGCUGUAAAUGCUUUCGCCUUCGAAAUUCUUCUCAAUGUUGGUCUCAGCGUAUUAGAAGCCUCCAUUGGAAAUUUGUUUAUCUGCAUAAUGGCUGUAGUAGGAGUACUGGCAUCUAGUCGAGUGAUAGAAAAUGUUGGUCGACGUCCAAUGUUAAUUUAUACAUUCGCUGGCUUAGCCAUAGUAAACACUUUCAUAGCCGGAUUCAUGAUGUGGUUCGAAAAAAGUCGUAUCGGCGUGAUUGGCUGGUGUGUUGUCAUAUCCUGCUGCAUAUUUAACUUGAUAUUCGCGGCAGGACCAGGACCACUGUGUCUUUUUGUUGGUGGCGAACUUGUCGGAGCACGAGCAAAAGCUGCUACAUUCACAUGGAUGAAUAUCGCUAUGAACGGAUUGCGAGUAAUUAUUCUAGUUCUUUAUUUCCCGCUAAAGAAUUUGUUAGGACCUCCGAUAUCGUUUUGGAUAAUGUUCUUCCCACCAUGUGCUUUAGCUGUUCUGCUAUGCUUCUUCUAUUUACCGGAAACAACAGGAAAAACUCCUGAAGAGGCCAAAGAAGCGAUGCAACAUUUGCCUCGGCUUUGUGGAGGUAUGGAACCAGCGGAUCCCGAAUUAGUUGUCGAAGAAGGCACUUUAGAUUAGAAAUCGAUUAUUCUGCUAGAAUUCAGAGUAUUUCUU